AUGUGGAAUUGGCCCGAAAAAUCCAGCGUUCCUCUAAGGUGGUGGUGGUGGAGGCGGUUGAGGAGAUGGCCUCGGUGGAGGUGCUGGACAUGGAAGCUGAUUGGAGGUGGAGUAGGAGGAGGAUCCGGAGGAGGUGUUGAAGGUGGCGGUGGCAUUAGAUUCCGAGGAGGUGGUGACGGUGGAGUAGGAAGAGGAUCUGGUCUCGGAGGUGGUAUCGUAGGAGGUGUAGAGGGUGGUGGUGGCCUUGGCGGUGGAGCAGGAGGAGGUGAUGGUGCUGGCGAUGGUGUCAGUGGCAGUUCUUGCAGUUUCUCAACCUGGGUUUCCUUUUCCGCGCGAAAGCUUGACACGCGACGGACAGAUCAGGCCCUCAUGUUGCCACUGAUUACGGGGCUCAAAGGCGGUGAAGAUAGUGGAGAUACUCUGUCAUUGACUCCUGUGUUCGUCACUGAUACACGAAGGUUUGUCAACGUAUUUUUCCAGACUGCCGACGCAUUCACAGUGGUUGACGACGAAGUUGACUCCGAUACCGUUGAAGUUCUGACUGCCAUGGCUGUUCCCCUUGAGCUUUCCAACUGCAAAUCUCUUGUGAAAUCGGCAAGUACGGCUUUGAAUUCUAAGGUAAUUUCACGAUACUCCACUCUUUUGGCUCCUUUAGCUGUUGAUUCGGUGCUUUCUGUUGUGGACCCUGAGAAACCUUAUUUAGUUGAUUUGAGGGAUAUUAAAAUUGUGAAGAAACUAGACGGUAGUGUUGAUGAGACUGGAUUGGUGAAAGGUUUAAUUUUUGAUAAGAAGGUGAGUGUAGUGGUUUCAGAUUAUACCCAGAUGGAUAGGAUUUUGAAGGAGGAAAAGGAACUAUAUUUUGGGAUUAUUAAGAGGAUCAAGGCCACUAGGGCUGAGAAGUUGGGGUUUGCAGGUUUAGUGGAGGAGGUUUCACUUGCGGAUGGUGGGAGUCAUCCAAUUUGGGAACAUCGACUUCGUUACUUUGAGUCUGAGUGGCAGCAAGGAUUGGCAGCUCCUAGAGUUGAUAAUAUAACCAAAUUGAAGAAAGCUCUGCCAAUUUUGGAAAUAGAGGUAUACUACUUUUUUGGUCAUCAAUAUUCACUUCUGGAGUUUGUCAAAUAG